AAGAUAAAUUAUAGAAUAACAUGUCCAUAGACAGAAAAAGAAAGAUAAAUUAUGGAAUAAAAUUUCAAUAGACUAGUGUGAUAACAGAGAUGUAUAAAUAGGUCUCUUUUAUGUGCACAAAGGCAUCACCCACUUCACAAACAUUUGGUCUCUACACCAUCUAACUACAGACUAUGGAAGGCCAGCAAGCUUACGAAUCCUUGAACUCAUGGAGUCAGAAAAAAGGAGGAUUCAAGGCUUGCAUAUUUAUUUAUGCAUUGUCGACCUUAGAUAGCAUUGGAUCCAUUGCAAACAUGUUCGUUUUUGUUCUCUACUUCAAUCACGUGAUGCGAUUCGAUCAGUCUCAAUCUGCAAAUACUUUCACAAACUAUAUGGGUUCAACUUUUCUACUCUCUGUCGUCGGAGGUUUCAUCUCAGACACUUACUUGAGUAGGCUCACCACAUGUUUGAGCUUUGGACUACUUCAAAUAUUGGCAUUGACAAUGAUCACAAUCCACGCCUUCUCGAAAAAAUUGCAUCCUGAUGAUUGUGGCAAGGCAACUUGUGUAACAGGGGGUGAAGCACUUAUGUUUUACGGCUCCCUCUAUCUGUUAGCACUAGCUGCAGGUGGAGUUAGGGGGUCCCUUACACCACUUGGAGGUGACCAAUUCGACCCAAAGGAUAAAAAAGGAGCUAAGGGUCUUGCAACUUACUUCAAUUGGUAUGUACUAAGUACAACCCUGGGAGCAAUUGUGGGAGUAACUGUUGUUGUGUGGGUUAGCAUGAACAAAGGUUGGUCUUGGGGUUUUCUAAUUGGUACUAUUACUUCCUCUCUUGGUUUUAUUGCUCUUGCGCUUGGAAAGCCUUUCUACCUUAUCCGACCUCUAGGGACAAGCCCUAUUACAAGGGUAGCACAGGUUAUUGUGGUUGCAAUUAGGAAUAGAAGGUUGAAACUGCCAGUAAGUCCUGAAGAACUAUAUGAAAUUAAUGAUAAAGAAAGAGACCUUGCAGAAGAAAAGGUUUCACAUACCAAUCAGUUCAGGUCGCUGGACAAAGCUGCCAUUCUUCCAGACGGCAUGAAUCCAAAUCCAUGGAGAGUAUGCACUGUGACACAAGUUGAAGAAGUGAAGAUACUAACAAGAAUGUUGCCCAUCUUAGCAAGUACAAUCAUAAUGAAUACAUGCAUGUCCCAGUUGCAGACAUUCUCAGUAAUCCAAGGCCUCUACAUGUAUCCAUAUUUAGGUUCUUUUAAGUUUCCUACAGCCUCAAUACCCGUAAUUCCCCUAAUUUUUAUGUCUCUCCUCAUUCCUGUAUAUGAGUUUCUCGUGGUUCCAUUUGCCCGAAAGAUCACUGGCCAUCCAGCCGGUAUCACUCAACUUCAACGUGUUGGUGUUGGGCUUGUUCUAUCAAUCAUUUCAAUGAGUGUAGCUGGGAUUAUUGAGGUGAAGAGAAGGGAUCAGUUCUUCAAAAACCCGAUGAAGCCCAUUAGUGUCUUCUGGCUUUCCUUCCAAUAUGGUAUUUUUGGAAUCGCAGAUAUGUUUACUAUGGUUGGAUUGCUGGAGUUUUUCUACAAGGAAGCUCCGUCUGGAAUGAAAUCAUUGUCCACUUCUUUUGCACCACUGUCACUCUCUUUUGGCGCCUUCUUAAGCACUAUUUUUGUUAAUAUUGUAAACGCCAUCACCAAGAGUGCUACUCGAAGCAAAAAAGGGUGGUUGGAAGGGAUCACCUUGAACGAUAGUAAACUCAAUCUAUUUUAUUGGUUCCUAGCUAUCCUCAGUUGCAUUAACUUUGCAAACUAUCUGUUUUGGGCUUCAUGGUACAAGUAUAAAGACAAUAAUGCUAUAGAAUCCCAAAUGGAAACGAACGCUUUGGACGGUUCAUCGUGUAUUUCCGAAGUCGAAGACACUCAGGUGGGAUAAGAAGUUGGUUGGUGAAGAACUAGGAGGAUACACUCGAGAAUAAUACAUUUGUGAAGAAUUAAGGUUUCAAACGGAUCUUCUCUUUUUGUCUUUCUUUUAAUCUUUUAAUUUUGUCCUAGUCAUAUAUUUGCAAUUGUGAUUGUUGGCUGGAAUGGAACUUCUGUAAUAGCUAAUGACUUUGAAUCCAUCAAUGAAUAAAUCAGAU